UGCGCACGUGAUUUAUAGCUAACUCUUGCCGUUUAGAGCGAUUUUCUUAUCCCAAUGUUGACCGCAGUUGCAGUCGUUCUAGCAGCAGCUGCAAGUGUACAGUUCGGAGCAACCGCACAAUGCAAUUGCUCAGACCAGACACUUGGCAACUGCUCUUGGUCGUCAUGGUCUGCAGCUACAACUUUCAGCCUUAAGAAUUGUUCAGCAACAGCAGCAGUGGUGUGGCGUAGCUGCUCGUGUGGAACACCAGUCUGUUAUGACACUAAAUGCGAAUCUUAUGGGUGUGGUGAGUGGGGUGAGUGGGGUGAUUGGUCGGUUGGCUGUGCAGCUCAAACGAGAUCUAGAAGUCGAUCCUGUGUGACAUCAUCAAACGUGACUUAUUCUGACUCAAGGGUCACAACAAGUAGCCAGACGGAUGUUGUUGUUGACCGCAAAUUUGCACGGUGUCCCACUGCAAGCACCAUGUCAGUAGGUGAAACUAUCGCGGCCACACAGUCGGAGAACAGCUCACUUGGUCUGCAGCAAUGGGUGAUUGUUCUAGUGGCAGUAUCGUCAUCUUCAGCACUUUUAACUUUCAUUAUAAUUGCAGUGUGUUGCUACAAAAGUAAACGACAAGGAAAAGCAUCUGCAAGAACAGGAUCUAGAGUUGAAAGAUCCAAUUCAUUUUUUGUUGACAUCAUAGGAGGCAGCUUGUACAGGAGACAAUCCAAGAGGAAGGCAAAUGAAUCUGAGAGAGUUGGCAGUGGGGAUAAUGCUAGGCCAGCAAAUGGACUCGACAAUAAACAAAAUGAUGACAUUCCACAGUUUACAAAUUUUGCAUACAAAAACAGCAUCCAGGAUACGCCCUUUGCCAGCAACUAGGAGGUCAGCAAGUGUUGUAUAGUCGAGUGAGUACAAAUCGAAGAACAUAUGAUAUUGUAUUGUAUAACUACAUGAUUGUUACUUGUUGACAAUUAUUAAUUAAUCUUUUAAUCCCAAGUACAGAAGUAGGUGUGGCUGUACAAUAUAUAAUUAUCAGUCUUAACGGACAGACUGCAUUUUGACCUGACAGUCACUUUUUAUUUUACUUACUUGUGUCGACUAGACCUUGUAUCAAACUAUGGAUUUUCAACUCAUUUAUGCAUCCAAACAUUGCAUACAUGCUUGCAAUGUAUGACGAAUAUAGAGAAACAAAUGUCACACCUCUGGAUCUACAUGUGCUCCAAUUGCAAGUUAACGUAUCGAGUGCAACUGAUAUGCCUUUAGAGGGUGGAUGCAGAUGAAGGUCAGCUGAAUUGGUUGUCCAUAUAAUUAUUGGUCUAAUAGUGGUAGAGCUGCUUUCAUUAAUUCAUGAUUCAUUGGUAUGGUAGGCUGUAACAGAAUGUUGUUAGACCACAUGCGCACAUAUUUCCACCAUGAGAAUAGAUGGGAAUCCUUGUGGCUGAAUCAAUUAAUUAAAUUUUAAUAAACCACGGAUCCGGACAGAUGUGAGCGGUAGAGUAUAUGGGGGUUAGGAUAGUAUUAUACAUACGCUUCUUACAUGUACGCCGACUAAACCACGGAAAGGGGAUGUAUAUUCUCCAUACGUAAUAAUUAGAUUGACUACAAACACA